ACUGGUACGCUUCCAACAGUUACGAUUCGAGGACUCGACCUUUGAUACUACUACCCGAACAAGCCAGUCCAGCGCGUUGGCGACCACAUACUCAUUUAAAAUCUAAACAAACACGUUGGAAGCAUCACUUCAUAUUUAAAAAGAUUAAACAUUAUCAGCGUCAAUGAGUGGCUCUGGCAGCUGAUAAUCAUUUAAAUGGGUUCCGCGUUUAUCACCGAGCCGUUUGCAAUUCCUCGCUGACAAUACUGACUCGCGCCGGGCGUGGUCAUUCUUCGAAACCUUUUGUCAAAUCAGUUAAUUAUGCUCUCUCUCUCUCUCUCUAUCUCUUCGCUGCAGCUGUCCAGAGCAGCGGUAGCAUGUGCGGUGGCGGGAGUCUCCUUAAGAGUUUGAGAGUGUAAAGUGAAAUCAAUCAAAUUCAAUUAACGCAUUCCCGAUAAUAAAACAAUAUUAGCUUACUCCAACCGGCACUACUUGUACGCAUACCGGCGACGCUUCUCACGCUGGCAACGGAGCACGCGCAGUCGUGCCGUUAGCCGCUAACCGAGCCGGACCCUGCGUUUCUGUCACAACACAGUCAGUCUGUCGAAAAUAGCUUUCAUUCAUGUGAGUGAAAAAACUCACGAAUCGUGUGCUCUGGGGGACCAUCUCUCCCGUUGAUUUGCACGGUGUUACUCUCGUGCCGAGUGUGUUUGUGACCUAUAAUCUGACGAAUCACAUCUAGUUGGCGUCGCGUUUUUUAAGCCGGCAGGAAGAAGAAACAGUGUAAUCGCACGUGUGUUUGCAAUCGUUCGUAAUGCCGCAAGCCGAGGACGACGUAGACUUGGACGGAGUGCUGCACGAGAUCGGUCAGUUUGGGCGGUUUCAGGUGCGCCAGUAUGGGCUGAUGGUGCUGCCGAUCAUAUUUAAUGCGCUCUUUACGCUCAGUUACAUCUUCACGGCGGGGAAUCUUGAGUACAGAUGUUUAGUACCGGAAUGUGAAGAUCCUGCCACGGAUGUUUAUAAUCCUCCCUGGUUAAAUGCAACCUGGCCGGGAUUAUUGCACUCUGACGGGCGAUGCCAACGUUUGCAAUUCAUCUCAAAUGACACCCGCCUACCGGAGGGAGAGUGUACCAGUGAUGAUUUCAACACUUCCGCCAUUAUUCCAUGCGAUGCGUUCGUUUUCCAGACCGAAGAAAGCACGAUAGUGCGUGACUUUAACAUCACAUGUGCGCACAACGACUGGAAGCUUACGCUGGUGGGCACGAUCAACAACGUGGGACAGUUCGUAGCGCUUCCCAUUGCCGGAUACCUGUCGGAUCGGUUCGGCAGAAGAUGGAUCCUGCUGGUGAGUGUCGCCGGUAGUGCACUGUUCGGGUUGGUACGCUCGUUUGCGACUAGCUACGAAAUGUUUAUCGCGAUGGAGUUUCUCGAUCCGGUCAUCGGUUCCACGAUGUACACUACCGCGUUCAUUCUGGCGCUCGAACUCGUCGGACCGAAGAUGCGUGUCACCGGCAACAACAUUAUUUCUUGCGCAUUUUCCUUCGGCGAAGCGCUACUUGGACUGCUGGCGAUGUAUUUCCGCGACUGGCGCGUGCUGCUGCGCAUUUUGUACAUUCCCGGCCUUUUGGCGCUUCCGUUCCUUUACACAACGGUCGAGAGUGUUCGAUGGCUACUGUCUAAAAACAGAAAAGAUGAAGCAUUUACAAUCUUGAAAAGGGCGGCAAAGCUGAACGGUAAAACCAUCUCACAAGCCGCAUUCGAACGGUUCAACUGCAUCGAGACCAAGAGUGGGUCAGCGAAAUCCCUAGAUACGCAAACUUACGCACAACUGCUACGCGAAGCGCUGGCCAAUCCCGCGCUGGUGCUGCGUGUCAUCAACUGUUCCUUCUGUUGGCUCACCAACACUAUGGUGUACUUUGGCUUGAGUCUCAAUUCCGUGUCGCUGUCGGGCAACAAGUAUCUUAACUUUAUUCUUGUCUCGCUCAUCGAGCUUCCCGGGUUCUUUUUGAUGCAACUCAUUCUCGAUCGUGUCGGACGCAAAAAGACACUUUUCACUACGCUUGUUCUAAGUGGGCUGUUUUGCAUCAUUUCCGUGUUUAUUGCUGACAUUGAUGCUCCAGCCCUACACCUUACCCUGUUUUUGCUCAGUAAACUUAGUAUAACAAUGUCGUUCGGCACACUGUACAUCUACACUGUGGAAAUCUUCCCCACCAAUCUACGCCAAAGCCUACUGUCUACCUGCUCCAUGUUUGGACGCAUCGGAUCGAUGAUAGCACCGCAGACACCGCUGUUGGCUAAAGUGUGGACACCGCUGCCGAUGAUACUGUUUGGCUGUCUCGGCAUCUCGUCCGCAAUAACCUCACUCCAAUUUCCCGAAACGCUAAACAACGAGCUGCCCAACACACUAGAAGAAGCUAUGAAUAUGCAGGGGAACGACAUUCCAGCAACCGACCGGUGAUUAAUACCGGUGCCGAGUAUCGAUUUUCUAAUAAAUAUCGCAAUUGUAUUAACGCA